UUGAAAGAUUGGUUAACAGAAUAUAAUACUUUAUCUUUAAUUAAUAAAACUUUUUUAUUUGCAGUACUAUUUCAAAAUAUGUUUCAUGGAAACAUGCAAAGUGAAGUCUGUAACUGACCAAGUAGAUAAUAUCUGAAGUUUUCAGAACAUCUGAAAGAAUGGGUAUGAGAAUUAAACUACACAGUGCUGAUCACCCUAAUAAUCUUCUGAAGGAACUAAACAAGUUUAGGCUUUCCGAAAUCAUGUGUGAUGUCAUAAUUGUGGUGGGAAAUCGGGCGUUUUCAGCCCACAAGUCUGUGUUGGCAUGCGCUGCCGGUUACUUCCAGAAGCUGUUUCUCAACUCAGAGGUGAACUCCGUCAGAACAUAUGUGGUAGACUUCAUCACACCAGCCAACUUUGAAAGGAUCUUGAACUUUAUCUACACCGCAGAGCUUUUCACAGAUCUCAUCAACGUGGGCGUCAUCUAUGAGAUGGCAGAGAAGCUGGGAAUGCAGGAUCUGCUGAAGGCUUGUUACUCCACAUUCCCCGACUUGGAAAAAACACAAUCGAGCAAAGUGGGAGAACGGCCAGCGGAAGACUACGCGCUUCUCCCCCUGCCCUCCAAUGAACAAAACCCGCCCAGUGGAAAUUCGAGGACCACAGCAUCGCAGUUUUGUCAAAAUCGAGAUUACAUCAUGCAGGUGGAGGUGGCAGAGGGGUUCAAGAGUGAAGAAAGAAAUCCCACCAGUGAAAAUGGACCCUCUGUGAUGUACCAGCAAUCAACGAAAACUGAAGAUAGCCUGAAGAUGGAAUACAGCCAGCCCACAUCCACUGAGAGUGUUCCCCUGACCACCAACAAAACCCCUUGUGAGCUGUAUGGGAUUCAAAGUAAUGGAUAUUAUCAGACCAAUUUACUGAUGGCUGGAGAAUCUCUGAAAGAAGGUGGAAACAAUGUUGACCUCCAAGAUCAUUCACUGAAGGAAAUGGAAUGCAUGCAGUUUGAAGGUAUUGAAGCGGAUGGCCUUAAUUUUGAUGAGCACCAGGAGAGUAGAGGUGCUUCUGAAGAGGUAAUAGAGCUGACAGAUGACAGUGAAGAUGACAGUCUGGUGUGUGUCAAGGACUGCAACACUGAAGGCAAGAGCAUGCCGUGCCAGGUGUGUGGCAAGGAGUUACCGGCUAACAUCGCAGUGAUUCGGCAGCAUGGCAAACUCCACAUUGAUGCCAAGGAGGGGCUGUGCAGAGUGUGUGGCACAAAGUUCACUGACAGGAGCUCUCGAAUCACCCACGUUUUGUCUCACGUUGGAAUUUUCCUCUUCUCGUGUGAUAUGUGUGAAAUGAAGUUUGUGACACAGUGGCAAGUGGCUGGACACAGGAAAGCCAAACCAUAUGAUACUAACAUUAUUGUGCAGCCCAAUGCCAUGCUCCCACCUGAGCCCAAUUUUGGGGGCUCUCCAACGGAACUCUUCUGUGCAGUCUGUGGAAAGGCCAUGGCUAAAGACUAUCUCGCUGUGAAAGAGCACAUUCUUUCUCACCUUAACAUGAAAAGCCUUGCCUGCUGCGUCUGCAAGCAGCCUUCGAGAUCUGUCUGUAGCCUGAUGUGGCAUGUUUUGUCCCAUAUGAAUAUAUCUAUUUUUUCCUGUUCUGUAUGUGGUAAUAGCUUUGUAGAUCGAACAAUUCUAGAGCAACACAUGGCCUCACAUCAGGGUAUGAAGUAUUUAUUUGAAUGUCAUUUUUGCAGUAGAAAAUUCCGACUGGAGGCUUCUUAUCAAAAUCACGUGAAGAUCCACAAGAGGCAUAACUCGGACAAUGCAAAGGGUGUUACUGCUCAACACCAGUGGCUCAAAAAGACUUUAACAACGUCACUGUCAGACGAGUCUAUGAGUGAUGGACAUGUGGCCACUCUACAGCAGGAGAACCUCAUCUCCCUUCCCUUAAACCACGGCAAGACCACCUACAAAGGGAACUGGUACGAAUGUGAGUUUUGCAGGAAGAGGUUUUCUCAUUCCAGUGAGUUUCAGUAUCACCUACGAAUUCACUCGGGGGAGAAGCCCUAUGAAUGUAAGCUGUGCCACAAGUUCUUCAGGGGACGAUCGACUGUCAAAAACCACCUAAAGACUCAUUCCGGAGCCCUCAUGUACUGCUGCACAGUGUGUCAGAGGUACUGUCCCACCCUCAACCUUAUGAUUAAGCAUGUGGAGAUGCACAAGGAUGGAGGCCUGCCUCCUGAUUUUAACAUUGCACAGACUUUUAUGUACAUUGUACAUUCCAAACAGUCAGUAAAAAUGAUGGACUAAUCUUUUAUUUUGAAAGGAAACAGACCCAAUGUUGGUGUGACAAACUGUAUUCUGAAUUAGACAUCAAAUAAAUUCUCAGAUAUAAAUCUGAACAAGCAUCA